AUGGAGGAUGAGGCAUUUGACUGGGUCAAAUUUGGAACCUGUAACACUCCGAAGCCAAGCUUCUUCGAUUUUGAGGGAAAGCAGAAAUGGGAAGCCUGGAAAGCUCUGGGAGACUCCAGUCCUCGUCAAGCUAUGCAGGAGUACAUUGCCACAGUGAAAAAACUGGACCCCAGUUGGAAUCCUCCGACAACGGAGAAGAGAGGAAAAGAAAGCAAAACUGCGUUUGGAGGCCCAGUUAUCAGCUCAUUAUAUCAAGAAGAAACAAUCAGGGAGGAGGACAAGAACAUUUUUGAUUACUGCAGAGAAAACAACAUCGACCAUGUAACCAAAGCCAUUCGAUCAAAAAACGUGGACGUGAAUGUUGCCGAUGAGGAGGGCAGGGCACUGCUCCACUGGGCUUGCGACAGAGGACACAAGGAGCUCGUUUCAGUACUCUUACAACAUGCUGCUGAUGUUAACAGCCAGGACGGGGAAGGCCAGACUGCACUCCAUUAUGCUGCCGCCUGCGAGUUUUUCGAUAUCGUGGAGCUGCUGCUGAAGUCUGGCGCUGACCCCACCCUCCGGGACCAAGACGGCUGCCUGCCUGAGGAGGUGACAGACUGUAAAGCCAUCACGUCCGCGCUGCAGCAGCACACGGCCAGCAAGACCUAACCCCACAGCUGGGCAGCUCCGCGCAGCACACGCGCAGGGUUUGGAGGACGGACGCUGUCUGCAAUAAUGCCCCUUCUCUCCCCCCCUGCCCUCUGACGUACCCUGGGGUUUGUAGGGGAGGUUUUAGAGCACGGGACCUAGUGUUUAGGUGGGCUGGGCGUAUCUGGGCUCUUGAGCGUGAAGACUGUCUUAUCGAGCACGUGUGCUGUGCAGGAUAGGAUCAGGAUUUUGCAUGCUCUGAAACGUAUCAGUAUAAUGGGGGGAGGGAGAGAGGGAGGGAGGGAGGGCAGAGAGGUCCUGGAGAAGGUCCCAAAUGUCAUUUUAAGGUAUUAAACACAGCUACUGCAUUGGAUGUCUCACCACAGUAGCCUGUGCUGACCAAAUGGGACCUCUGUGGGGAGGGCUGGCUGGGUUAGGUGAGAUGCUCAGCUCUUCGGUUUGGGUUGAGUUUUGGUUUAUUUUUUUUUCCCUUGGGCCCAAACAAAGUAUUAUGAAUAAAAAAGCACAGUGUUGA